AUGGCUCCCAAGGCGGCAGAGAAGAAACCCGCAGAGAAGAAGCCAGCAGAGAAGGCCCCGGCGGAGAAGCGACCAAAGGCUGAGAAGAAGAUCACGAAGGAAGGCGGAAGCGAGAAGAAGAAGAAGAAAUCGAAGAAGAGCAUCGAGACGUACAAGAUCUACAUCUUCAAGGUUCUGAAGCAGGUGCAUCCAGAUAUCGGAAUCUCUGGGAAGGCGAUGGGGAUCAUGAACAGUUUCAUCAACGACAUCUUCGAGAAACUCGCUCAGGAAUCAUCGAAGCUCGCUAGGUACAACAAGAAGCCGACGAUCACGUCUCGGGAAAUCCAAACGGCGGUUAGGCUUGUGCUUCCCGGAGAGCUCGCGAAACACGCUGUAUCGGAAGGCACCAAGGCGGUUACCAAAUUCACAAGUUCUUAG